AUGCCCGGAAAGCCUGCAAUGAUGCCACACUGGUGCAGAUCACGUCUAACAUGGACUCCGUGGGCCGAAUACAAAUGCGAACACGGCGCACCCUGCGUGGCCACCUCGCUAAGAUCUACGCCAUGCACUGGGGAUACGAUUCCAGGCUACUUGUCAGUGCCUCCCAGGAUGGAAAAUUAAUUAUUUGGGAUAGCUAUACGACAAAUAAGAUGCAUGCCAUCCCGCUGAGGUCCUCCUGGGUAAUGACCUGUGCCUAUGCCCCGUCUGGGAACUACGUGGCCUGUGGAGGCCUGGACAACAUCUGCUCCAUAUACAACCUGAAGACCCGGGAGGGGAACGUGCGCGUGAGCAGAGAGCUGCCAGGGCACACGGGCUACUUGUCCUGCUGCCGGUUCUUAGACGAUGGACAAAUCAUUACCAGUUCAGGAGACACAACUUGUGCUUUGUGGGACAUCGAGACGGGGCAGCAGACUACGACCUUCACAGGCCACUCGGGUGACGUGAUGAGCCUCUCCCUGAGCCCUGACUUGAAGACCUUUGUUUCUGGAGCUUGUGACGCGUCUUCAAAACUGUGGGACGUCCGAGACGGGAUGUGCAGACAGUCCUUCACAGGACACAUCUCAGACAUCAAUGCUGUCAGCUUCUUCCCAAGUGGAUACGCCUUUGCCACGGGCUCUGAUGAUGCCACUUGCCGACUCUUUGACCUCCGUGCAGACCAGGAGCUACUGUUGUAUUCUCAUGACAACAUCAUCUGUGGCAUCACUUCGGUGGCUUUCUCAAAGAGCGGGCGCCUCCUGCUAGCUGGCUAUGACGACUUCAACUGCAGUGUGUGGGACGCGCUGAAAGGAGGCCGGGCAGGUGUCCUCGCUGGUCAUGAUAACCGUGUUAGCUGCCUAGGCGUGACAGAUGAUGGCAUGGCUGUGGCCACUGGCUCCUGGGACAGUUUUCUUAGGAUCUGGAAUUAACAGUGUUGUAUUCUCUGUUCUCCAGUGGUAUCUGGAGAAACCCAUGCUACAUACAGCCUAUAGCUGUGAGAAAAGAAAACAACAACAGAAACUCCACCUUCUAUUUGCAGAUGAAGAUUUUUCUAUUGAUGGCUAUAAAAAAAAAAAAGGCAGCAUUCCAUAAACCGUAGUUUAUUGAAACUGUUGUAACAAAAAUGGUGGUAAAAGAAACAGGACUAAGGUCCCAUGCUGAGGUCAAAGGUCAGGGUAUUGAACAGUAUGGCGACUUUACCCUGACAAACUCUUUCUUGUGCUAAUUUUUUUCUGUAGAUUAGAGUGCGCACUGUAUGGCAGACAGCCAUCGUGUUUGCAUUUUGUUAGAGACUACCCUUGAACUUUGUAUAUACAAGAAAUGUCACAUUUUUCAAGUGUUGUUAUGGAAGAACCAGGGCCUGGGAUAGACAGAAGUGAUGCUAUAGAUUCAUGUGCCAUCUGAAGGAAGUCCCCCUGGGUUCUGACAUCACAUUUUAACCUGAGAGUCCCUCUUGGCUUCAUGACUAGGAGGGCUGAUAGGUGUCUCUGAGGGAGCCGGCUGCUGUUCACGCAUCCUUUGCCAUGCUAGUAAUUUAAUAAGUAGCCAUUUUCAACCCUUUGAGGGUAUAGGUGAUGUGAAGGCCAGGGGGUAGACAUUCCACUUUGACGUAGGGGACAUGCUGAAGAAAUGUCAUUACAGUUUAGUACAUUAGUAACCAGUAGACACUGGCAUGUCAUUUUGGUAUUCUAAAAGGCUGAGCCUUUUGAACUGUUGGGCAUUGCUGUUAAUUUCACAUUCCGAAACCAAGUGUAGAGCAUAUUAGUGUUUCAGAAGUUUGACAGAACCUGACUUGUACCCGAAUCUGAACUCUUGCCCAGUGUUCUCUAUAAUAGGUAGGAAACAGUGUCUCACCUUUAACAUUUCUGAGAAAUGUAAACUCAUCCACUCAGCUGGCACUAACUUAUAUAUAAGAUGGCUUUAUGACUUCUAUGUAAUAUAAAAUGUAUGUAAUUAAUGUAAAAACAGGUAUAUAUUAUCUGUGCCCUUGAACAUUUGCGUUUCCAUUCUGGUGGUGCUGCAGAAGGAGCCCCGGGCCUUGUGCCCACCAGGCAAAUGCUUUAGUGACUUACACCCUGGCUCCACAGAUUGAAGCCUUCUGCUGCUGUUGUAGCACUGCUCUCUGUAGCAUGACGUACAUGUUUCUAAGUAGCUUACUGCAAAGCAUGUCUAGAGCUGAGCAACCCUUGAGCCUGCACCACUGUUUCAGAGGGGUUCAGCCAGCAGCAGGCUACGCCAACUGCUCAGUAAAGUGUCUGCCACUGGGAUGCCCUGCGUCCAGACGGAGUAGACACCUCUCCUCAGUUUCUCCUGCAAAUUUAAAUGACUGACAGAGGCAGACUGUGAAGUCUUGCUUGGUGCUGCCUCCUUGGGUUAUUUGGAUGUAUACAAACACAUUCUUUUUUUUUUGUAACUCGGCACAAUGUAAGCAGCUGUGUGGCAGUUUCUGUGUUAAAGUUGAUCACCUAUACGUGUAACCCAAACUGUAUGAGUUUUCAUCUUUGCUGUAUGAAUGUGCCCAUGUACACAAGAGCUGUGACAAAAGACACACUAGCUUUGUUUAUUAAGGUCAGUUGAUCUUAAGAGAAUACAGUGGACAGAGCCUCAACCCACCCAGCUUCAGGGUUGGACUGGGCCAGAAAAAGAAUGGAAGAGACACACAGACACAGGAAAGCUGGUGCCAGCUGGACUGGGCUCUGAAGGAGAAACUGCAGAAGCCAGGAAGUUCAGUAUGUUUGUUACUUGGAGUAGCAUGUGGUGGUGCUAUUGCACACAGAUAAUCAAGGAGGCAGAGUUAAUGGUACACAGCUGGAUUGAGGAGACGGGUUCAGCCAAUCUCUGCAAAGAGCAUUCCCUAUAGGAAAGCAGGCUCCAGGCUGUAAAUACCAGGGAACAGGGGAGCUAAGGUGGGCAUUUUCUACACAUACCGUCAACACUCAUCCUCAACAGGAGGGCUUUGGUGUUCUUCCAUGGGUCUGAGGCAAGGGUCCUUGACACAGCAGGACCCAUGACAACGCAUUCACUCAGGGUUUCCUGUGCUCCCUAUGGGGUAGAGAGGAACUGAGAUACAGUAUUUGAGAAACAGACCAUCAAUGGCAAGUGUGAAUGUGUACUUUAAUUUCUGGGACCCCUUUCCUCUGUUUGUGAAAUAGGUUACUUCCCAAAUAGGGCAUGAUUUAUUUAAAAAAAAAAAAAGUUGACAAUGCUAGGAUGGAAUCUGGCAUUCUUGUACAUACACCCAGAAAGGGCUCUACCACUGGGCUCAUCUGCAGCCUAUCCCAGCCAAGCCAGAGAGGUGAGGCACAUUAGAGGAUCAUCAUUAUUACCCCCAAAAGGGUGUGUGUAUAAGUCCUGCUGUGUGGCUCAGAAUCAUCUUAAAACCCUGUUCAAAACAGCACUUUUAUUAUGUGUAAGAAACAGAAAAUGAGGUUUGGGGGUUUAAUCUGGGGUAAAGUGCUUGAUGUGUAAGGCCCUGGUUUCAGUCCUCAGCCAGUGAGGGGAUUAUUUGUGUUUGUCAGUCAAAAGUCAUACUAGAACAACUCUGGUCCUAAAUACUUUUAAAUGUUAUUUAGAGCUUGAAGAAUUGGCUCUGCAGUUAUGAACACUUGAUACUCGUGCAGAGAACCUGGGUUGGAGUCCCAGCAUCCACAUGGCAGCUCAGACCCAUCUGUAACUCUGGUCCCACGGAGUCUGACUUCCUUUGGCACCAGACACAUAACAUACAGAAAAACAUUCAGACACAUAAAAUAUGUUUAAAAAGAAUGUACUUUCAUGAAGUUUAUGUAGGACAGAACUUAGAGGUUUCCCUUAAUGUGUACCUGGAGAGGAUCCAUGAACAUGGAUGUGGCCAACUGCACACAGCACCAACUGUUCACACAGCGGUGACCUUAUGCUGCUCUCUACUGCUCGGUGCCUUUGGGGUUUCUCUGCUGUUUCUGUUACAGCUGAAUACAAUGGCUUGCCUGAGACUUCCUGAAAUUAGCCCACAUAAUGUGCCUUAGCAGGUGGAUGCAAAGCUUGCAUAACAUCAAGCAAAAGUCGCCUGAAAUCGGCAAGGGUUUUAACAGUUUGCUGUGGCUCCUGCCUUGGCCUCCAGCUGGGGCCACAGGCAUGUGCACUGAGCCAUUUCCUCAAGCAUAUUGUAAAGGCACAUGUUCUUUUCUAAAACAGUGACCACCAUGUGGUUGAGUAAGCACCUCAAAGUGCUAUUCAGCAAGGACAUCUCUAGCUACCUUGAGAUGGACAAGCUCCAUUUUUGGCAGCUGUGCUUUUAGACUAAAUAUUCCAGGUUCUUUCCUAGCUCAGACUUAAAUCCUGACACACAUGUACUGUACUGAAUUCCAGAUUCAUAAAAGCGAAGCGUUGAGGCCUGGAACUUCCAUUUUAAUGGCAAGCUGAUGGUGUUCCUGGACUGUUAAGGAAAGGCAAUCUAUUAAAAGAAGCUAGGUGUGGCGGUGCAUGCUUGUAAUCUUCAGUUGGGAGGCUGAGGCAGCCAGCCAGGGCUAUCAGAUGGAAACCUUAUCUGGACGGAUGGCUCAGUAGUGAAGCCUGCUGCCUGUUCUUGCAGAGAACUUGACUUUAGUUCCAAUUCAGGUGGCUGCCUGUAUCUUCAAUGGAUUCGUAGUCCUGUGUCUUCCUCAGGCACCCAAACACAUACGCAGUUUAAAAUAAAUCCAUUAUUUUUUAAAGAAAAGAAACUCUAUCUUAACAAAAUCAUAAAAACUAUCAUUUUUAUCGCGGAAAGUAUUUUCUAAUCCUGUUGAUGUCUUAGAUUUAGUAGUAAAACUAAGACUUUGUUUUAGAAGUGAAACCAUUCCAGGAAAUUAUGUGAAUAUGAACGUCUUGGAUUUUGAACUGUAACACACAUUUGUGCUUUGUUACUGACUAGAAUAGACAAAUGGAAUAAGCAAUCCCCCAAAUGGACCUGUCCUCAUUUCAAUAAGGAACAUUCUUUUAGAAUCUGCAGGUCACACCAGGCUCAUACUAGUACUUCAGUUCUGUGUUCACAUGCUUUUUCUCUGGCCACUGUGGAAAGCAUAGUUUAAAAUGUCUUAGCUCCUGUUAAAAGCCACCCACAGGUUGAGUGUCCUUUACAUAGAGGGACUGUCUUAAACUGGACCAUGUGGAGCAUGAAGCACACAGUAGGUACACUUCUGCUUCUCCUUGGUUACAACAGGUGCUCAAAGUAUGUGUAAGCCAGCAUUGUUAGCCACAGACUGAUGGAACACCUUGUGUUUGGGAAAUGUUUUCCAUGUUUAAAAGUCCCCCCCUCCCCCCCGCCUUUAAACCCAGCUGGCUGAUUUUGUAAAACUGGUGUAACAAUGUAGCAUUAUGAGGAAAAAUCUUGUUUCAACUAGUAUGAAAUGUAUCCAACACAAUCUCCCAUAGCACAGCCCAUUAACUAGGGCUUCAGUGGUUAAGCUGCAGGCUGCCCAGCCUUUUCUGUCUUUACUCAAAGGUGCUCUAGCCUAUCAUUUUCUCAUUGAAGAGGCUUCUCCUUGAACAUCUGCAUUGUCUCACUGAAGGCACAAGACAGCCCAUACCUCAAGUGUGUCUUCAAGCUGGUUUGAGUAUUUUCCUAUAAGGCAUCUUAGAAACGCUUAUUCGUAGCCUAAUUUUUCAACACAUGAAGCCACGUGACUGUGAAUGCCAGUCAUGUCUAAAGCUUGGUCAUACAAGCAGAGGACUUGUGCCAUGAUUCAACAGUGUUCUAGAUACAACAGCCAUUCACUCCUUCAUUUGUACAGUUGCUUGUGAAAUACUGUUGCAGUGAGCUGAUAAUUUAUCAAUAAAGUGCUUUUCUCCAUG